AUGCAGUUCCAUCUCAAUGGCUUCCAGGGCUCCGGAGAUCCGAAUGUGACACAGUUCGAAAGCCAAGAACCUGACUUUCAAUCCAGUCUACCAGAAGAAGUCGAUGUACUGAUUGUAGGAGCCGGGCCUGCCGGCCAAUUGCUCGGCGCUCAAAUGGCCCAAUUUCCGGACAUCACAACCCGGAUCGUGGAGUCCAAGUCGGGAAGGUUGCAGCAAGGCCAAGCCGAUGGCCUACAGUGUCGAACGAUCGAGAUCUUUGAGGCUUUCGGAUUCAGUGAGCGUGUCCUGAAGGAAGCAUAUUGGGUCAAUGAAACAACAUUUUGGUCGCCGACGGAGGAUGGCAGUGGCUUGCGACGAAGUGGGAGGAUUAGAGACACAGAAGAAGGACUGUCCGAAUUUCCGCAUGUAAUCUUGAAUCAGGCUCGACUCCACGAUCUGUGGCUGGAUGCUAUGAAACAAUCUCCAACCAGACUUGAGCCAUCGUAUAGUCGCAAAGUCACGGAUCUGAUCAUACCGCAAGAUCAAGGCCCAAUUACUGUGACACUGGAACGUCUGGAUGAAGCUCAUAAAGGUCAGCAGGAAGUGGUGCGCGCCAAAUACGUUGUGGGAUGCGAUGGCUCAAGAAGCGGCAUCCGCAGGAAGCUGGGGCUGGAGAUGAAAGGCGAUUACCAGAACCAGGCCUGGGGCGUCCUCGAUGCACUCAUCGUUACUGACUUCCCUGAUGCGCGAUUGAAGACAGUGAUCCACUCUGCAGACCAAGGCAGUAUUCUCAUCAUUCCCCGUGAAGGUGGUUAUCUCUCAAGAUUUUACAUCGAGCUCGACAAAGUAAAAGAAGGGAAUCGAAUGGAUCGAUCAGCGGUCACAGCAGAGGCACUGGUAGACCGAGCCAAGCGCAUAUUUGCUCCAUACAGUUUCGAUGUGCGGCAAAUUGCUUACUGGUCAGUUUAUGAGGUUGGUCAAAGACUUACGGAUCACUUUGACGAUGUUCCCAAAACAGAACAGCAUCUCCGUGACCCGCGAGUUUUCAUCACCGGAGAUGCGUGCCAUACGCACAGCGCGAAAGCCGGCCAAGGCAUGAAUGUCUCUAUGAACGACAGUUUCAACCUGGGGUGGAAGCUGGCUCAUGUUCUGCGUGGUCUCUCACCCGCAAAAUUGUUGCAUACCUACUCGCAGGAAAGACAAGCAAUAGCACAAAUGCUAAUCGACUUCGAUCGCGAAAUGUCGCGAAUGUUCGCAGCUAAGCCGAAGAACAAGGCUGACAAAGAAGACAAAGAGUACGUGGAUCCAGCCGUAUUUCAGGAGAGCUUUCAACGUCAAGGUCGCUUUAUGGCUGGCGUCGAGACGCGAUAUCUUCCCGGGCCACUCACAAGUUUCAACACAACAUAUCAGCAUCUCGCAACAGGCUUCCAGCUAGGAACUAGAUUCCAGUCCGUACAAGUCGUUCGUGUCGCAGAUGCCAAACCUGUCCAGCUCAGCCAUAAUGCUAUGAAAGCAGACGGACGAUGGCGUAUUGUCAUUUUUGGUGACGAGAACAAUCCUACCUCUCCUUCAUCACCUGUGGUUGGCAUCUGCGACUACUUGGAAAAGAAGCUGAUUCCGAGCCUGACGCCUCACGGAGCUGACAUCGAUUCGGUCAUCGAUGUCCGAGCAGUGUUCCAACAGCCCCGACAGACUCUUGAAAUUACCGCCUUGCCAUCAUUGCUUCUACCGGCGAAAGGGAAGCUUGGCCUGCAAGACUAUGAAAAGGCCUUCACAGAUGAGCCUAGUUAUGGUUUUGGCUUUGGGGAGAUCUAUAAAACCAGAGGUGUCGAUCGACAAGGCUGUAUCAUUGUGGUGCGGCCGGAUCAAUACGUCAGUGCUGUAAUCCCGUUAGCAACAGAAGCGACUGGUAUGCUUGACGAAUUCUUUGGAGGUUUUAUGAAUCGCGUAGCUCCAGACACUAAUGGAUUCCAUUGA